AUUUGGCCUCCCAGCUCCUUCCCUGUUUGGAAAAAGCUGCCGAUGCCGUGUGGCUUCUUUCAGUAGAUCUGUCCAUUCUGGUGAAUUUACAAGAUGUCAGUCAAUGGUGUGGGCCAUCCAGGUAACCAAACCUACUCUCCUAGAGUUUGCUGUAUAGAGAAUGGCUUGGAUAAAUUUGUAAAUGCCCCCCUCAAAAAGGAUUCAUACACUCAGAGUACUGCUUCUCUUGAGGAGAAUAAAGUCAUUGUGAAUGGAAGCUACAACUGCCCCCUUACCAAUGGAGAGAUGGCACACAUUCACCAUGCAGAAGGACGGGACGCUCGAGCUGGGAGGAAGGUCGAGUCUACGUGCACAGGAGAGAGAGGGCCUGCAUUACUGGUGCAAUCUGGAAUUGGGAGGUGGGCCAGCCCCCUGGAACCACAGGGCCAAGAGGCAGCCAUCAACCAACAUUUUGUGGAGUUUCCCAAAUAUGGAACUACUAGACCUUGCAUCAAUAAUAACCUGGUACCCCUUAAGUUGCAUUCAUCUAUAGGACCACAUGGACCUCCAGGGUGUAAAGAGGCAUUGUCAUUCACAGCGACAGAGAAUGUUCAACCUGGCAUUGCCCUAGCUCCAGCAGAGCUGAUGUGGAGCACCUCCAGAGACCACGCUGUCAAGCUAAGAAUGGCCAAGUCGGGCCCUGGCUCCGAAGCCUCGAUGACUGUCUAUCAGAUGUUUCAGGAGACUGUGAAGAUCUACGGAGACCUCCCCGCACUGGCAGCCAAGAAGAAUGGGAACUGGGAGACGCUAACAUACAAGGAGUAUUUCCAGCAGUGUCGAGCAGCAGCUAAGAGCUUCCUGAAGUUGGGGCUGGAGCGUUACCAUGGUGUUGGAAUUUUGGGAUUUAACUCGCCAGAGUGGUUUAUUGCAGAUGUUGGGUGCAUUUUGGCUGGUGGCCUUGCAGUUGGAAUCUAUGUGACUAACUCUCCGGAGGCCUGCCAAUAUGUGGGUAACCACUGUGAGGCCAAUGUGCUGGUGGUGGAGAAUCACAAGCAACUUGUCAAAAUCCUCAAGGUUAAAGACCAGUUGCCACACUUGAAAGCUAUUGUACAGUACAAAGAUGAAUUGGAACAGAAGCUGUCAAAUCUAUACACGUGGAAGGAGUUUCUAAAGCUGGGAGAGGAUGUCAGUGAGGAAACCCUUAAUGAUGUCAUCAGGUCUCAGGUGGCCAACGAGUGCUGCUCCCUCAUAUACACCUCUGGGACAACGGGGCAACCCAAGGGUGCCAUGCUGAGCCAUGACAAUAUAACCUGGAUAGCCAAUACAGCUGGAAACAUGACUAACCUUAAGCAGGGGGAGCAGAUGACAGUCAGCUACCUGCCCCUCAGUCACGUGGCGGCUCAGGUCUAUGACCUGUGGAUCAGCAUGAGGUUUGCGGGAACAACAUACUUUGCUGAACCAGAUGCCUUGAAGGGCUCCUUGGUGAACACCCUGAGGGAGGUACGGCCCACAACCUUCCUGGGUGUGCCUCGGGUUUGGGAGAAGAUGCAGGAGAAGAUGAAGGCCAUGGGGGCGAAGGCUUCUAUGAUCAGGAGCAAAGUGGCAAAUUGGGCCAAGUCUAUUGGACUGCAGGCCAGUUACAAUGCAAUGAAUGGCAGUGACGCAGUGCCCUGGGGUUACAUGCUAGCCAACAGCCUGGUUUUCAAAAAGGUACGUGUCGCUUUGGGCCUAGACCGCUGUACAGCCUGCUAUACAGGGGCUGCCCCGAUCACCAAGGAUACGCUGGAGUUCUUUAUGAGCUUCAACAUCCCCCUGUUUGAGCUGUACGGAAUGAGCGAAAGUACGGGACCCCACACUGUAUCCUGGCAUUCAGCCAACCGCAUCAUGAGCUGUGGGAAGGAAGUAGUGGGAUGCAGCACAAAGCUGGACAAGCCAGAUGAGGAUGGGAUUGGGGAGCUCUGCUUCUGGGGCCGCCAUGUGUUCAUGGGCUACCUCAACAUGCGCGAGCAGACCGAAACGGCGCUGGACCAGGAGGGAUGGCUGCACUCUGGAGACCUGGGCAAACAUGACAAGGAUGGCUUCCUGUUCGUCACAGGUCGGAUCAAGGAGUUGAUCAUCACGGCGGGUGGAGAGAACAUACCCCCCGUGCCCAUCGAGGAUGCAGUUAAGGAGGAGUUGCCCAUCGUCAGCAAUGCCAUGCUGGUGGGAGACAAGAGGAAGUUUCUUUCAAUCCUGUUAACACUCAAAUGUAAUAUUGAUGACUCAGGGGAGCCGACCGAUGAGCUGGCCCCAGAAACCGUGGAGUUCUGCAAGCAGCGAGGCUUCACUGUGGUCCAUAUCUCAGAUCUCACCGUCAAGAUACCCCCAGCCAUAUCCAAAGCCAUCCAGGAGGGCAUAGAACGUGUCAACAUCAGGGCAACCUCCAAUGCACAGAAGAUCCAGAAAUGGACAAUACUGAAGAGGGACUUCUCCAUCUGUGGGGGAGAACUGGGUCCAACCAUGAAGCUGAAGAGGCCCAUUGUUCACAAAAUGUACAAAGAGGAAAUAGAGAGGUUUUAUGCUGAGUGAUGCACUUCCGGGAACGUGAGAUGUGGGAAUUCAGAAUUGACACAUGGGAAAGUCAUUGGACUGUGGAAUUUGCACUUUACGCUGUCUUUUGCACUUGAUCCACAACUGAGAUGACUGGAGAACAGCCCCAGUUCCCUCAUACCAUCAGUGUCUGUGUACUUGCACAUGGUAUUAUAGACUAAUACAUUGAGCUUUCACUGAACAUCUUUUCACUGCCAGCAUUUAAUUGAAUGCCAUCUAUGCUAUGGGUGAGACGUGAUCGAGUAAUCAGAUGUACAGUUUUGUGUAAUUGCCACAUCUAGCUGACUGAAUUCAAAUAGGCUCAUUUUCACUUGCCGGCAAUACAACUGAUACUUUCAGCAAUCCCUCUCUGCGGAGCAGUGUCUGUGCUCACAAUAUAUAAUUUAAUUAAAUUUCUUGUCACUUUGCAAUUUAGAAAAUGUAUAUGGGAAGUGGGAAUAAAUAUGUAUGCAAGUGACAAGUUUAAACCUCUAAAAUGUACUAUGCCAAACUAAAAUGCAGCAAACCUGGCAGCAGUGUUUGUUUGCUAUGACUGCUGUAAUUCGGUACCGUGUAUGUGAUGAAGCAAAUUCUUUUAAUGAACAGAAGUUGGUGAUGAGAGAGAUGGAGAAAACCAAUGCUUAUGUAAAAUAAAUUAGAACUUCUGCAUUCCUGAAAGAGAUAUCACAGUGCAAGUGAAAGACCCCUCUAAAAAGGGGCAUCAGCCUCUGUGUGAGGGUCAGAUGGAAUUAAUCAAUCAGUCAACGGUAAAGUGGAGUGUCACAAGUUACACAUCUGACCGAACACACAAUUACGGUAUAAAGUAAUUUUCCCUGCCAGUCGUAAACAUGCAGCUCAACUAUGGAGGGUGUAACUGUUAAAACGGUUAAGCACAGUAUGCGGGCAGCCACACUGUUUGAUGAAUCAAACAAGUUCAGUUGUUAGGAGCACAGCAAUCGCUUUAUGUAUUGCUCCUUGCCUUUUGAAAAUGUUUGAUUCUUUGUCUUGAUAGUGCUUUUGCACUAA